UUGGCUACUAGUCUCUCUGAUGCUGCCGGGGGCUGCUUUCGUACUAUCUGUGUCACUACGACUACUCGCCCCUCUCUGGACUAAAUCGGAGGAUGUCAACAGGAAAACAAACUGAACACGAGAGGACAAGGAUGCCAGACGUUCAAGACCUGCCUGCAUCUACAUCUACAGUAUAACCAUAAUGCAGCGUCCACAACAUAUCAAUCAUGACUACCAGGCUAAGCUGCUUAUGAGAGGGCCUUCAGAGAACUAUACAACCAAUCCCCCUCCCCUUGGUCCCCAACACCCCCUGGAGGAUAACCUGUUCCUCUCCCCUGCUCUACCUGUGUCCCACCCUUAAUCCCGCCCUGGAUUUAAAAGUAAAUUUACAGAGGAGAUAUAUACGAUGGCCGUCUUGAGAUUGAAGUUCACCAAGACCAAGCGGGACAAGCUGGCCCAGGUGCUAUGGAUCCUGAACUGGAUCUCAGUGGUGACAGGGAUCAUCCUCUUCAGCCUGGGGCUCUUCCUCAAGGUGGAGAUCAACAAGCGAGGAGAGCUGAUGUCUGAGAGGGACAUCCAGUACGUGCCCAACAUGCUGAUUUCUGUGGGCCUCAUCGCCUGUGCCAUAAACUUCCUGGGUGGGAAGAUCUGCUACGACUGCGUGGACACCACCAAGUUCUUGCGCUGGAAGCUGAUCAUGCUGCCCUACAUAAUAUGCACCUUCUUCUUCACCUUCUGCGUGCUGGUAGGGGCUCUGAUGUGUUACAGCAUGCGUGGGGAGCUAGAUGAGUCUCUGAACCUGGGGCUGACUGAGGCCAUCAGGUUCUAUAAGGACACAGACACACCAGGACGAUGCUUCCUGAAGCGAACUGUGGACAUGCUGCAGAUAGAGUUCCAGUGCUGUGGGAACAAUGGAUAUAAAGACUGGUUUCAAAUCCAGUGGAUCAGCAACCGUUACCUGGAUAUGUCCCAAAAAGACGUGGUGGACCGAUUAAGAAGUAACGUGGAGGGGAAGUUCCUGAUGGAUGGAGUCCCCUUCAGCUGCUGCAACACCAACUCCCCUCGGCCCUGCAUCCAGCAGCAGAUCAACAACAACUCCGCUCACUUCAACUACGAGCACCAGACGGAGGAGCUGAACCUGUGGAUGAAAGGAUGUCGCCAGGCGCUGCUGGACUACUACACCCACAUCAUGCAGUCCAUUGGCCUCACAGUACUCAUCACCUGGCUGUUUGAGCUGUCAGUGUUGACAGGGGUUCGUUACCUCCAGACCUCCCUGGAAAACGUGCUGAGACAGGGCGACCUCAACUCUGAGUCUGACGGCUGGCUGCUAGAAAACAGCUUCAUGGAAACUGCCCGCAUCAACCUGAACAUCAUCAAGAGCCUGGGCAAGAACAACCAGAUAGACACAGGCAACAAUGGAGACCCCAACAUCAACGUUCCCUCCACCUCUAAAGCACACUAUGGGCCGGACAAUGUGCCGCCAAAGGAAAUACCUGAAGCCAGUUGACCUUUCUCAGGCCUCCGUGAACAGCAUCCCUGAAGGCUAAGGGCCUUUACUUAAAAAGAGUGGUUCACGUAACAUUUAUUUAUUUAUUUUUUUUAUUCAUACGAGUCAAGAAUUACAACUAAGAAAUACCUAUACAAAGGUGUUUGUGGAAA